CGGAAACUCUCCAAAUCGACAUCAAAUGUCUCCAGUGAAAUCAAAUACACAAUAUAACUUUAAUUUUUUAGUUUAUUAAAGAAAGUUUAAGUUAUUUACACAAAUCUCAUGAUUUAAAUAAUACUAGUAAAGAAUAACAGACUCAACUAAACCAACUGAAUAUUCAGUGAAUGCAAUAGUUUUAAGUAGCCGAAAGUGCAUUGAUAGUUUUGUUUUCAAAUAAUUAAUCCAAGUUAUUGCAAAAAUGCUCAAUCAAAUUCCCGCUAGUGAAGCAAACAACUCUGGAGUGUUCUUGAGGAACUACUUAGAUUAUAUUGAGGAACUUCCAGAUGACAUUGUCCGUAUACUGUCUGUGGUUCGUGAAUUAGACGUUAAAACUAGCAAUAUCGUAAAUGAGACAGAAGAACUGUCAGAAAAAAUUCUUACAACUACAGGAGAGGCUAAAAGUAAACAUUACAGUCGUCUACAGCAAAUCCUAAUAAAAUUACAAGAUCUUAAUGAUGAGAAAAUUCGUUACAAUCAAGCAUUGUCAGAAUUAAUUGAGACUAAGUUUCGUGCUGUUGAACGUGACUUUCAGACAAAUAUUUUAUCAAAACAAGAAAGACCACAAAGUCCAGUAUCUUCAGCAUCAUCCACUGCCAAAAAUGCUUCAAUUGUUCAGCAAGUAUUGUCGAACUUACCUCUUAUUAAGAAUCCAUCUACAUCUGGCUCAAAUAUGAGUAGUAGUACGAAUAAUAGUUUAUCAGAGUCUUUGAAUAUUACUGUCAAUAAUGGAACUGAAAAAGCUGUUAAACGUUCAAGACGUACGAGAACUGACACUAUACUUGAUGUUAUUGAGCAACCUGAGCCUCCUGUGAAAGUUGAGCCAACUCCAACCAAAGCAACAAGUUCCACUAAUUCAACGCCAGCAGUGGCUGUCAAGAAGAGUUCAUCAACAGCUAGUAAUGCUUCAAACAAGAAGAAGAAAAAGAAGACUACUGCUAAGCAGGCUAAUAAUUCACAGACAAGUCAAGUUGUUGAGCAACAAGUUGCAACACUUCAGGACGAAGCAAUUGAUCCAGAUGAAGAGACUUAUUGUUUGUGUGGUAUGUUAUGGACUGAAAUUGAUUUCUGACCCUUAAUAACUGAAUUAUGUGAUAUUUUCAGGACAAAUUUCCUAUGGAGAGAUGAUUCUGUGUGAGAAUGAUGCAUGUAAGAUCGAAUGGUUUCAUUUCAGCUGUGUUGGAUUGUCAUCGAAGCCAAAGGGACGAUGGUACUGCCCAAAUUGCAGAGGGGAUCGUCCGAACGUAUUAAAUAAGAAUUUAAGAAAGAAAUAUCAAGACUCGCCUAGUAAUGAUCGGAAAUUUAUGUGAAUGCUGUAAUU